UGUAUAAGGAGGGAGGUUAGAAUCAGGGGGUUGUACCUUUAAUGUACGUGGUACAUACAAGAGGUACAUGGACCUUUUGCUGUAUUGUGUGAAGUACCUAAUGUAGUAAAACCGCUGGACCUAAAUUUAGAGCUCCACACCUACAACGUUAAACCCCCCAAGAACUUCCAACUUCUAGAACCAGCAUCCAAAUCAGCAAGGUCCCCGAGACGAUACACUCCCGGUAUUUAAAUUCAGGUCGCAUAUCAUUACGUACGCAAGCGCAUCUACCAGAGAAAGGAAAAAAGACAAUGUCAACCCUCCAGCCCGUCAAGGGCAGCAGUAAAGACCUGCCGGGCCUACGCUACCCGACGAGCGGCAAGACAAUAUACCACCGACCGCUGAACCGCACCAAGGCCGCCGAGCUCAGCGGUGCUAGUUUUGCUUACCUUUUCUCCGAGAUGGUAGGAUACGCCUCGAAGAAGAUAGAGAGUAUACAAGACCUGGAAAAGCGACUCAACGUGCAAGGCCACCCCAUCGGCCUGAAGCUCCUCGACCUCCUACUAUACCGCGAACCGCCACGAUCCCAGACGCGGCCGCUAAACAUCAUCACGCUCCUGCACUUCAUCAAGAUCAACGUGUGGCAGCACCUAUUCGGCCGGGCAGCCGACGGGCUGGAGAAGUCGUCAGAUCCGACCAAGCCGGACGAGUACAUGAUAAUCGACAACGAGCCGCUGGUCAACCGCUACAUCAGCGUGCCCAAGGACAUGAGCCAGCUCAACUGCGCCGCGUACGUCGCCGGCAUCAUCGAGGGCGUGUGCGACGGCUCGGCGUUCCCCGCGCGCGUCACGGCGCACAGCGUCGGAAAGCAGGAGGAGGGCGAGAUGUGGCCCGGGAGGACGGUUUUCCUGGUUAAGUUUGCGCCGGAAGUCAUGGAGAGGGAAGGAUUUUUAGGAAAGGGCUAAGAGACGGUCAUGAUUUCUCAAAAGAAAAAAAGAAAAUCAUGAUAAAAGACAAAGUGGGUGGGUUCUAGCAUUGCAACGGCGUUCGGGACGGUUUUGCCAAUGGGGAACCUCAGGCUGGUUCAUUUUCGUUUUAAAUAUUAUAUUAAGGGCGCAAUAUCACGAAGCAGGAGAUGUUGAGACGGGAUGCGGGUUGAUAUCAUGAUA